AGUUUACCAAAAAUAAAAUAAAAGCAGAAAGCAGUGCAUUGGCCUUUCCCUUUUAAACUUAAAAUCAGCCCUUGACCCGGUGUUGGAUCGAGAGUCGAGAGCGAGAAAAAAAAUCGUACCGCUGGCUUAAUGUCGUCGGAACCUCCACCUUUCCAGGAAGCAGCACGCUGUGACAUCUGCAAAUGUAGCUUCAACACAUUCAAACGACGGCAUCACUGCCGUUGUUGUGGUAGGACAUUUUGCCAUGAACAUUCAUCAAAUCAAAUGGCUUUACCUCAAUUUGGCAUUCAGUCAUGUGUCAGAGUUUGCUCCGAUUGUUUCAAUACCUCAUCUCGACCUGAUGAUUCACGGGCUCCAAUAAAUAGCAUUGAUGCCGUGACAGAUUUGAUUCCCAGAAUAGACAAAGCAACUCUCAAUAUGAAGGAUGACCAAAUGAUGGGGCAGGACCUUACUGUGAAUAAUCAGGACUGCAGGUGUGGGAUGCCUUUAUGCAUUUGUGAAGCCCCAGUCCCGGACCCUUCUCCAUUGCAGAUGCCAACUGCUUCCACUUCCACCGCACAGUCCAACCCGAGAGUAAGGAAGUCGGACCAUGUUCCAAAGAAUGCCCGUUCUGUUUUGAACAGCAAUCCCAGUUCACUUUUCAGUCUAGGUCAAGUGACGAAUGGUAGCUUGGAACAUCCUCAUAUGGAUUAUGAAGUUAAUGGUGAGGGUUUAAGAGAAGCUAUUAAGAACAGAGACAUUCCUGCAGUCAAGAAGCUUCUGAGUGAGGGUGUGGAUGCAAAUUACUUUGACAAACAAGGAUUAUCCUUGCUACACUUGGCAGCGCUGUUUAAUCUUACUGAGAUUUCUUUUGCACUUAUGGAUCAUGGAGCUAGAGUGGACUGCAAGAAUGCACAAGGGGAAGUCAUUUUAGGGACAAUUUGAGGAAGGCGCUUCCCACAAGGAAAGGUAAAGUCUCCAAUUUAUGCUUUAGCAUUUGGUUGCUUUCCAAAGGAAAGUAAUUUUUUGGGACAUUUUAGGAAUGUCCUUCCCACAAAUUUGUCAUAGAGAAAAGGUGGAAAGCAUUGUGAAGGAAACUCUUUUCUCACUCGAUCACUUCUCUUUCUGAGUCAACCAAACAGAGUUGUGUGAGAAACCAAUUCUCUCACAUUUCCAUUGCUACACACGUUACUGGGAAUGCAACCAGAUACAUGUUAGUAUGUUACCUACACAUCCCCUUUCUAAUGACUUCCAAUACCCUGUGACCAUGACUUUGUUUUCCAUAUUUCAGUUUUAGCCUUAUUAGGAUGAAGAUCUCCCAAUUAUUACAUAAUGACUCCUUUAGCUUCUAAUAGUUAUUACUUGUUGGGCUCACAAAGAGGGUAGGAAUCAUGGGAUUGAUAAGAGAGAGAUAUAUAUAUUUUUUUGAACGGUUAAGAGCCCUAGUUAAUUAUUUUUAAAGCGGGGUCAAAAACAACAUUCAUGUGGUAUUUCCCUAAAUUGAACUUUUAGUAUAUCCCUGAACCCAUAUGCAAGGGCAGGGGGACUAUGUCCAUGGUUCUUUGUGGCAUUCUCACAAUUAUUUUCUUCUUUUUUUCCCCCUAGAUAUGAUUGUCAACCAAUAUUCAACAUGAGUACUCAAAGAAGAAGAAAAAAAAAAAAAAAAAAAAAAAAAAACUGUAUUCAACAUAAACUUAAAUGGACAAACCUAAAAAGGAGUGAUCCUUUGACAGCACAGAAAAAGUUUGAAAAAAAAAAAAAAGGGCAAAACAAAAAUGGGAGUAUGCCCCUUUAGUCAACGGUCAGACACCCUUCCCAACCUGUAAAAAAAGGGGAAAAGGUGCCGCUGUGUAGGUUCUGAUAGGGUUCUGCUACUCACCGCACCAGUUCUCAUGCUCUCUACGUUUUCUUGGUGGCUUUGGUCUUAUCGAUGCCGGACUCAUCUUAAGCUUCAGGUUUUGAGUUCCCACAAUGUUGCCUCUCACACUGAUCUAUUUUAUUUAUUGGAAAUUAAUGCCUCUUAUCUCUCCUCUGAUUCUGUUAGCAGUAAACUGAUGAAAUCACCUUACUACACAUGGCUGAGGUACUCUAAAGGGAAAAAUGACCAAAUCUUUAGGGAAAAAGCAGAAGCUUUCAAAAUCACUGUAAACAACCAACUGAUACCUUAUCGUUUUCAUGGCUGAAAUGAAGUAUUUUGCUCUUUUUCUUUCUUUCACAUUGGAAUGAUGUGAAUUAAUUUUGCAACAAAGUUUAAAUUAAGAGUUUGCUUAUGGGUAGUGAAUUAUUUAAUCUCAACUUAUGAAUCUCUUGGUAGGGGAAACACCUCUAGAUUGUGCUCCUGUGAUGUUGCAAUACAA